CCCUCGGGCCUGUCCUCACGGCCGCCGGCCCACGGGUUCGCGCCAGGUCGACGCUGGGCGCGAGCGAUGCUGCCCGACCCGCCUCGGCCUUGAGGCGGGAGCGGCGAGCCGACCCCUCAGCUUGCCGACGGCGCGGAGCCCGCAGCCAUGUCCGCGGGGUUCUCCUUCGGGAGCGGCACGCUGGGCUCCUCCACCGUGGCCGCCGGCGGGAGCGGCACGGGCGGCGGUUUCUCCUUCGGGACCGCGGCGUCUAGCAACCCGUCUGCGGGGCUCAGUUUCGGAACUCUGGGGAGCACCUCGACUCCAGCGACGACGUCGGCUCCUUCCGGGGGCUUUGGAACCGGCCUCUUUGGAUCCAAACCUGCCACUGGGUUCACUCUGGGAGGAACAAGCACAGGCGUAGCAACAGCUGUAGCUACGGGAUUAACGCUGGGCGCGCCAGCUACCACGACCGCGUCGACGCCGGGCUUCAGUCUGGGCUUCAGUAAACCCGCGGCCUCCGCCACGCCCUUCUCGCUGCUCUCCUCUACCUCGGCGGGCAGCCUCUCUCUCUCCUCUGCGCUGACGUCGACUCCGGCCGCAUCCACAGGAUUUACUCUCAAUAACUUGAGUGGAACCACAGCUACGACGACCACUGCGUCCACAGGCCUUUCUUUAGGGGGAGCCUUGGCUGGUCUGGGAGGUUCGCUUUUCCAGAAUACAAACACAGCAGCAUCAGGCCUUGGACAGAAUGCUUUGGGCCUGACCCUGGGAACCACGGCAGCUACUUCGACUGCAGGCAACGAAGGCCUUGGCGGCAUCGACUUCAGUAGCUCAUCAGAUAAAAAGAGUGAUAAAACAGGAACAAGACCAGAGGACAGCAAAGCGCUCAAGGAUGAGAGUCUGCCUCCUGUCAUCUGCCAGGACGUCGACAACCUGCAGAAAUUUGUGAAGGAACAAAAACAGGUGCAAGAAGAAAUUAGUAGAAUGUCUUCAAAAGCGAUGCUCAAGGUACAAGAAGAUAUUAAAGCCCUGAAGCAGCUCUUGUCGUUGGCUGCCAGUGGGCUGCAGAGAAACACCCUCAGCAUCGACAAGCUGAAAAUAGAGACCGCUCAGGAGUUAAAAAAUGCUGAAAUAGCUUUAAGGACUCAGAAAACACCACCUGGACUCCAACAUGAAAAUACAGCUCCUGCUGACUACUUCCGAGUCUUGGUGCAGCAGUUUGAAGUGCAGCUCCAGCAGUACAGGCAGCAGAUUGAGGAACUGGAGAACCACCUCGCCAGCCAGGCCAGCAGCUCACAUAUCACCCCGCAAGAUUUGUCAAUGGCUAUGCAGAAAAUUUAUCAAACCUUUGUAGCUUUAGCUGCACAGCUUCAGUCUGUUCAUGAAAACGUGAAGGUGCUCAAGGAACAGUACCUUGGCUACAGGAAGAUGUUCUUGGGAGACGCUGUGGAUGUGUUUGAAGCCAGGAGGGCAGAAGCCAAGAAGUGGCAGAGUGCGCCCAGAGUCACCACUGGACCCACCCCUUUCAGCAACAUGCCAAACGCAGCAGCCGUUGCCAUGGCUGCAACACUUACCCAGCAGCAACAGCCUGCUACAGGGCCACAGCCACCUCUGGGAGUUAGUUUUGGAGCGCCAUUCGGCUCAGGUAUUGGCACUGGCCUGCAGUCACGUGGCCUAGGUUCUUCAAACCUUGGAGGAUUUGGAACUAGCUCUGGUUUUGGAUGCAGCACCACAGGGGCGUCCACAUUUGGAUUCGGAACAACCAAUAAACCCUCAGGAAGUCUUAGCGCAGGCUUUGGCAGCUCCAGUACAUCUGGGUUUAACUUCAGCAAUCCUGGCAUCACGGCGUCGGCUGGUUUGACAUUUGGGGUGUCCAAUCCUGCCUCUGCAGGCUUUGGGACGGGAGGACAGCUCCUUCAGUUGAAGAAACCCCCAGCUGGAAACAAAAGAGGAAAGAGAUAAACGUGGGUUGACGUGGUGCGAGGAUCUGUAGCAGCGUUCCUUCUCUGAGUCUAUUUUUCUAAAGUUGAUGCAGUCAUUAAUUUGCAUCCCAGGAGAUUUAUAAAAUUUUGAUAUUUUUCCUUACUUCUGGAAUUUGAACUUUGUUCUUGUUGGCCGUGCUAAACAACUUUUUUUCUUGUGAAUUUGAAACCUAGUUGUGAAUUUUUUCGUUACUUUGAUUCUCAGUGUAAGAAUGUUGUGAUACACCGCUGAUGGGAAAAAACGACUACUGUUUAAGCGUGUGGGAGCGCAGUGUUUGGGCUGACGAGGUUUACAUUAUGUGAAUUAUGCACACUUGUUGCUUACAGAGACGGUUCGAACUCCAGGGCCUGCCCUAGAAUCAGUUUGUUCCCUGAUAAAGGCCUUUUGACCUGCACUGCAGGGCAUCUUGUGAGUAUGUAUGUAAACUAUAUACAGGAUCACACCCAGCUGUGUGUGUGCGUAGGAAUACAUAUUUACAGACCUACAGCUCUCGCCUCAGACUGUCCCCCUUUUUCUAAGGGUAUUCUGUCUCUCACCUUUUGUGCUUCAGACCCUCAGUGCUGGUAGAAUGAGGAGCUUAGAGGUGCCAGGUCAUUGUAGCUGUUUGCUUAAAGAGUUAGUGAAAUGGUUGCCAGUGUAAAUAUUUGACCAGCUCAACUUCACUGCCCCCAGUCUUUCCCGUGUUUGUUUCCACUCGAACCUUCAGCAGCUCCUGCAAACGAGGGGGGCUGCUGUAAGACCCCUCAGACAGCUUUCAGCAACCCCAUUCCCCCACCUGCCCUCAUCUUGUCCAUAGGAGCCGUGUUUUCAUAGCCGAGAUGAACCCUCAAGCGCAGGUUUGAGCUCCAGGCUGGUGUGCUGGGGGCAAAGAGCUAUUUAUUAAGCCAAAUCGAUUCUAUGCAGGUGAAGGAUAUGCACUGUUAGGUGAGUGGCAACUUCUCGCUGUUCCAACACAGAGUUCUUUCUUAUAGGGCUAUUGCUACUGACACCAGAGGGGGGGGGCUUAUCAGCCUCUUUCCUUUAUGUCUUAAGUAAGUGCUUAAUUUGGAAUAGAGAAACAAUAUAUUUUAAGAAAAGACAAUAUUCUUGGUAGUAACAGUAAACGAUCCCCUGUCUUAGCAGUGAAGAGAGAGCUCCAGGUAAGAACACGUAGACAUGUCAGGUGGCCUCUGUGAUGCUCGUACGAGUAGUGGCCCAGAGAGCAGGUGAAAAGGUGAGCGCGCCCUUGGGAGAACUGCCUUAGCCAUGACUUCGGACGGAAACCGUCAGGUCGACCUAUGUAUCUUUCAAGUAUAGUCUUCAGGUGGCAUGUGAAGAUGGAAUGUCAUUGAAAAUAAUUUAAUUUUUUUAUAUCGAAGGUUUUGUACAUAAUGUGCAUCAAGUGAAUAUUUUCAGAAUCAUUUUCACCAAGGCACCUUUUUUUCUAAAAUAGGUAUUACAUAUAUAUAUAUAUAUAUAUAUAUAUCUACACACACACACACACACAUAUAUUUUUAGCAUAAUGUUAGUUGGGUUUGAUUAUAGAAGUGUUGUCCAGUCUGUUUUAUUUAUCUGCACAUAGCGAUGAUUGGCUUUUGGAACUGAAAUGUUUGCACCUCGAUGCAUUAAAAUGAGGAAAAUGCUUUGUUUCCGAGCACUCGAGUUGUUUUUACUUUUGUGCACCUCUCUGAUACUGCAGUUUCCCAGACCCAGGUUUUGGGGAAGGGUAGGAAAACAUGGGGUUUUGUGUUUUGCAUUCCUGUCAGAAUUAAGUACACAGUCACAACAAGCUUUUUUUAAAAAGGACAUUGCAUUGUGCUGCAAAAACCUGGGUAUUUACAUUUCUUGCUUUUUUCUUUAUGUAUUCCACAUUUUCCUGUGUUGACCUCUGGGACUUUGUAACGGAUGACCUGUGACAGAGUUUGAACGUGUUGUCCCCGUGUCCAUUUGUCUCCGCCUUGUCCAGAGCCUGUCACUGGUGAACAAUAAAGUCGACUGUGUCGGUUGCUUCGAA